CUGUUAAACCAUUAUUCUACACAAGAUUUGGGAAUCGAAGCCUAUUAUUUAUGUUGACCACAUCACCAACAAAUAGAUUCAGCACGCCAAGUACAAAUUGUCAAAUCAUGACAGUAAUUUGGCACCUUAUAUCUUGGCCUUCUAUUAAAAGUCUCAUUUGCCGGGUAAAGGUGCCGAUGGCAGGAAGUGGCUGCAGCCCAAUGCCUCUGGCAGCUACUGAUAUAUCGGCAAUGGAUGAUUCCAGCUUCAAAGUAGGGCGCCUGUCAGUGGAGGCGAGGAAGGAGAAGAUCGACAGAUACAUGAAGAAGAGAGCUGAGAGAAACUUCAGCAAAAAGAUCAAGUAUGCUUGUAGAAAAACUCUAGCAGACAGCAGACCAAGAGUCCGUGGGCGGUUUGCAAAGAAUGAUGAACUUGGAGAGACAGCAAAGUCUGGUUCCAGUAACAAUGAUUUUGAUGAUGAGGGAGAAGUGGCGGUGAAGGAAGAAGACAUACUUGACUCGGACAUCCUUACGCACAUUAGUGGUGUGAACUCUUUUUCGUACAACUUUACUCUAGAAUCUUGGAUAUGA